AUGAAUGCUUAUUUUCUCAUAACAUUUUAUGCUCUUCUUCUUUCUUUGGUUGCCUCGGGAAUUAGUGCGACAUUGAACAACUCAAGUGGUGAAGCAAAGUGCAUAGAAAGGGAGAGGAAAGCACUUCUCAGCUUCAAACAAGGCAUCACACAUGACUUUGACAUGCUGUCCACUUGGACCAACCAUCACAAUAAUACAGAUUCCUGCAAAUGGAAACACAUUCAGUGCAACCAUCAAACAGGGAGGAUUCCUUCUACAUUUGGAAAUCUCUUACAACUACGCUGUCUAAAUCUUGGGGAUAAUUAUCUUUGGGGUGAAAUUCCUAUUCAGAUUGGGAAUCUCAAACACUUACAGUAUCUCGAUCAAAAGAGCAUCGACAAAGAUGAAACUGAAAGUCGUGAAAUGCCAAAAGAGAUUACAUACAUGUUUGGGUUAGUUUCUUUGAAUUUAUCAAGAAACAAUUUGAAUGGUGAAAUUCCUUCGGAGAUUGGGAACUUAAGUUUACUAGACUCGCUUGACCUAUCACGAAACAAUUUCUCUGGAAAAAUUCCUUCUACUCUUUGCAAACCUUUGAUGCCUCAAGAAAAGUUCCAUUAUUUUUGCUACAAGCUUGAGUUGUUACUCUCCGCAAAUAAAUUCUCAGAUUUCGUAUGUGUAAAUGUCACAACUACAAGCUUGGCCACUUUAGAUUUAUCAGAUAAUCAAAUAAAGGGGCAACUUCCCGAUUGCUGGAAAUCAGUAAAUGGAUUACUCUUUCUUGAUUUAAGCAUCAAUCAAUUGUCAGGGAAGAUUCCUAUCUCCAUGGGUACCCUUGUCAAAUUGGAAGCUUUGGUUUUACGAAACAAUAAUUUAACGGGCGAAUUGCCUUUCUCUUUGAAGAAUUGCAACAAUUUAAUUAUGUUGGAUGUGAGUGAGAAUAUGUUGUCCGGUUCAAUACCAUCAUGGGUUGGAGAAAACAUGCAGCAAUUGAUAAUCUUGAUCAUGCGAGGGAAUCAGUUCUCUGGAGAUAUUCCCCUUCAUCUGUGUUAUUUAAAGCGUAUUCAAUUGUUGGAUCUUUCCAGAAAUAAGAUGUCUCACGGAAUUCCAACUUGCUUAAACAAUUUUACAGCAUUCUCUCAAAAGAGCACCGACAAAGCUGAAACUGAAAGUCGUGUGCAUUGGUACAAUACUACUUACUAUGAAAUUUAUAAUUUUUUCGGUGCUAGUUAUUAUACGUUUCAUAUAACGUGGAUGUGGAAAGGUAUGGAACGCAGCUUCACACGUCCCGAAUUGAUUCUUCAGAGCAUUGAUCUCUCAUCUAACAACUUAACAGGUGAAAUGCCAAAAGAGAUUACAUACAUGCUUGGGUUAGUUUCUUUGAAUUUAUCAAGAAACAAUUUGAAUGGUGAAAUUCCUUCGGAGAUUGGGAACUUAAGUUUACUAGACUCGCUUGACCUAUCACGAAACAAUUUCUCUGGAAAAAUUCCUUCUACUCUUUCUAAUAUAGAUCGUCUUGCCAUGUUAGACUUAUCAAAGAACCAUCUCAGUGGAAGAAUUCCGUGGGGAAGACAGUUGCAAACCUUUGAUGCCUCGAGUUUUGAAGGAAAUCUUGAUCUUUGUGGGAAACCACUUGAAAAAAUAUGUCCUGGAGAUGAGACAAUGAUAAAGUCUGAAGGGCCAGAAGAGCAUGAUGAAGAUGAUAAUUCAAUUUUCUAUGGAGCAUUUUACAUGAGCUUGGGGCUAGGGUUCUUCAUAGGCUUCUGGGGCUUAUUGGGUCCAUUACUAUUUUGGCAAUCAUGGAGAGUUGCUUACUUGAUGUUAUUGAAUAGACUGAUAGACUAUAUACUUGUAGUGACUGAAUUCACAGCGUUUGAGAAGUGUAAUCCAUUGAUUCACUUGACAUAUAUUCAACAUCUUGAUCUCAGCCAUAAUUAUUUGGUACUGAGUUACAUCCCAGAGUUCAUGGGCUCUUUCUCCAACUUAAGAUAUCUCGAUCUCUCCAAUUCUUAUUUUUCAGGGAGGAUUCCUUCUACAUUUGGAAAUCUCUUACAACUACGCUGUCUAAAUCUUGGGGAUAAUUAUCUUUGGGGUGAAAUUCCUAUUCAGAUUGGGAAUCUCAAACACUUACAGUAUCUCGAUCAAAAGAGCAUCGACAAAGAUGAAACUGAAAGUCGUGUGCAUUGUUUUGAAGGAAAUCUUGAUCUUUGUGGGAAACCACUUGAAAAAAUAUGUCCUGGAGAUGAGACAAUGAUAAAGUCUGAAGGGCCAGAAGAGCAUGAUGAAGAUGAUAAUUCAAUUUUCUAUGGAGCAUUUUACAUGAGCUUGGGGCUAGGGUUCUUCAUAGGCUUCUGGGGCUUAUUGGGUCCAUUACUAUUUUGGCAAUCAUGGAGAGUUGCUUACUUGAUGUUAUUGAAUAGACUGAUAGACUAUAUACUUGUAGUGACUGAAGUGAAAAUAGCAAAGUUUCAACGAUGGCUCAAAGACUAG